CAGUUUAGACCGUUCUUGAAUUUAAGUUAAAAAUAUAUAUAUAUAUGUUGCCCUUAUAUUAGGCUUUGUUGCCGUGCGUUAAUUUCGUUGUGUAGUUACUUCGCAGUUAAUAUUUGGUCUUUCGUCUUAUUAGCUGUAGAGUUAAAGAAAUCUUUGCGUUGAAGUCCUCCCACAACAGCUAACAAAGUAACAGAGGAGGGUGUGUCUCUGAGAAGUUUUGCAUCGAAAGAAAAACUUGAGUACUAGCCGGAUUGCGUAGGGGUGUAGGACGGGCUGGGAAGGGGUAGUCCUUCGGCAAACAUCAAUACAAACAAGUGGAGAAUCCCGGCAAGGGAGCCCCUUUUCCCUGCUGCAGAACUGGGGGUUUCUACCAUUAGUUAGGCUUUGUCAAGAAGAGUUUUUAUUAUAUAAUUUUGUAGCGUUUUGUCACGACAAUACGUUUGUAAAACAUUUUAAGUUAGAUAAAGAUUUGUUUGAAGAACCUUACGUAUGCAUGACAUGUCAUUCAAUUCUUCCAAGAGAAGGCUUUAGUGUGUCAGGAUUUGCGCUGCAACAUGUUGAUUCACUCGGAGUGGAGAUGGCACAUUUUUAGUAAAACUUUUUCUCUUAUUCGUUUAUUAGUAGCGGCAGGGAUUUUCGCUAUGCUGGAAAACGACAAAACCUUUGGACUUGCACAUACACAAGAGGACAUUCUCCAAGGGUUGCUUGAAUAUGAGGUUGUUCACCCCACAAGAGUGGACCUGGCAGGCCGCUUUGUGUCGAAUUUUGUGUCUCACCGCGUGAGCCGGCUUCGGCGGCGGGACACCUCCUGGACCGUUGGGGCUCCAGAGCAGGUCUUCUACCAUCUGCAGUAUGGGGACCAAGACCUGAAUCUCAACUUAACCCUCAACCCCUACCUGCUGGCUCCUGGCUUCCUCACAGAGAGGAGGUACGGUGGCCUGGAAGGGACCAAAAUCCACACUCGCAGCCACUCCCUCUGCUACUUCAUUGGGGAGGCGUGGGGUGCCUCCUCGGGGAAGGGCCAUGCGGCCAUCAGCACGUGUGAUGGGCUGACGGGUCUGUUCAAGUUGUCUGGGGAGGAGUUUUUCAUCAGGCCUCUGGAGCAGGCACGCUGGGGGGGGCUUCCCCAGCCUCAUGUGGUCUACAAACGGCACGCUGCCCAGCCGUGGAAGGUGUCGGCCCACCCUCUGCCCUCGGGAGGCCAGGUCAAUGGAACAUGUGGCCUAAAAGAUGUUGGCAGGGCCGCAGAGAGGGCGGAGCAGCGGCGCGAGCGGUGGGAGAAGCGUCAGCGGCGGCGCAAGAUCCGGACACGCUCCGUCAGCAGGGAAAAAUGGGUGGAGACGCUAGUGGUGGCCGACCCCAAGAUGGUGGAGUACCACGGCAUCCAGAACGUAGAGAGCUACGUGCUGGCCGUCAUGAACAUUGUGGCAGGACUGUUCAGAGAUGCCAGCAUCGGGAACUCGAUCAACAUUGUGGUGGUUCGGCUCAUCCUGCUGGAGAAGGACGAGGAGGACCUGAAGAUCUCUCACCACGCAGACAACAGUCUAAGUAGCUUCUGCAAGUGGCAGAAACGUCUCAACACAAGGGGGGACCAGCACCCGGUUCAUCACGACGUGGCCGUCCUCCUCACUAGGAAGGACAUCUGCGCAGCCAUCAACAAGCCGUGCGAGACGCUGGGCCUGUCCCACGUAUCCGGCAUGUGUCAGUCUCACCGGAGCUGCAGCAUCAGCGAGGACACAGGGCUGCCACUCGCCUUCACUGUAGCCCAUGAACUCGGCCACAACUUUGGGAUUCAGCAUGAUGGCAACGGCAAUGACUGUGAGCCAAUCGGGAAAAGACCUUUCAUCAUGUCUCCACAGCUCCUGUACGGCUCCUCACCGCCAAACUGGUCUCGCUGCAGCCGCCAGUACAUCACCCGCUUCCUUGACCGGGGUUGGGGCUGGUGCCUGGACGAUGCCCCUGGGCCCAACAACUACACCCUGACGUCCCUCCUCCCUGGUGUGCUGUACAGUGCCUCACACCAGUGCCAACUGCAGUACGGGUCUGGGUCCCUGCUGUGCGACGACGUGGACAAUGUCUGCAGCACGCUGUGGUGCACUGUUGGGGAAACCUGCCAUUCCAGGCUGGACGGGGCAGUGGAUGGCACUAAAUGCGGGGAGGAUAAGUGGUGCUACGGCGGGGAAUGCGUGUCAGCGGGACACUGGCCCGAGAGGGUGGACGGCGGAUGGGGCCCGUGGAGCGAGUGGUCGGCCUGCUCGCGGACCUGCAGCACCGGCGUGCAGGACGCGCAGAGGGACUGCAACAGCCCCAUCCCCAAACAUGGAGGAAAGUAUUGCCUGGGAGAGCGUCGCAGGUACCGGACCUGCCAAGGCAACCCCUGCCCUGCUGACGGGCCACCAUUCAGGCUCGUCCAGUGCAGCCACUUCAACAACAUGCCUUACAAGGGUAAAUUCUACACCUGGGUGCAUGUCAACAACAGAGUGAAUCCAUGCGAGCUGCACUGCAGACCUCUGAAUGAAUACUUCUCAGAGAAGAUGCUGGAUGCGGUGAUCGACGGCACCCAGUGCUACGAGGGCAGCUCCAACCGUGACAUUUGCAUCAACGGCAUCUGUAAGAGCAUAGGGUGUGAUUUCAAAAUAGAUUCAGAGGCGGUGGAAGAUCGCUGCGGUGUCUGUCGUGGCAACGGCUCGACCUGCGAAACUGUGAAAAAGACCUUUGAGGAGAGCGAGGGACGAGGCUAUGUGGAUGUUGGGGUGAUUCCAGAGGGAGCCAGGGACAUCCGCAUCGAGGAGAUGGCCGAGGCAGGAAACUUUCUGGCCUUACGAAGCAACGACCCUGACAAGUACUUCCUGAAUGGUGGCUGGACCAUCCAGUGGAACGGAGAAUACAAGGCUGCAGGAACUGUGUUCACCUAUGAGCGGACGGGCCACCUGGAGAACGUCACGUCUCCUGGGCCUACACUGGAACCAGUGUGGAUCCAGCUGCUCUUCCAAGAAACAAACCCCGGGGUGCGCUAUGAGUACACCAUCAGCCGAGAGGCCCUCGCAGGCUCCGACAACAACAUUGUUCCGGAAUUUCAGUGGAAGUAUGGCCCCUGGACCGAGUGCAGCGCCACCUGUGGAACAGGUGUGCGGAGGCAGCCGGUUCUCUGUGUGGAGCAGACCUCUGGGACAGUGGAGGAGCAUUUCUGCGAUCUGACGACCCGCCCUGACGACAAGCAGGCUACCUGUAACGAGGGGAUCUGCCCGGCGAUAUGGUGGCUAGGAGAGUGGCACAAGUGCUCCGCCAGCUGCGGCCACUCAGGCCUGGCCAGGAGAGCGGUGCUCUGUAUUCAGAGUGUGGGUCUGGAGGAGCAGAAGGCCCUGCAGCCCUCCGAGUGUCAGCACUUGCCCAGGCCUGAGUCCGUCACCUCCUGCAACACUCACAUCCCUUGCCCUGCAGACUGGACCGCAGGCAGCUGGACGGAGUGCUCCGCGACAUGCGGUAGGGGGGUGCAAGGCCGCACCGUCGCCUGCUCCAACAACACGGGCGUGGCCUGCGAUCCGGGGAAGAAGCCGAAGGAGGAGAUGCCCUGCCAAAUGCAGGACUGCCCGCCAGUGCUGGACGGCUUUGGAAAUGAGUGGUCUGGCAGUGGAUCUUCCAGCAAGGAGGUGUUCAGUGACACCAACUCCAUUCCCGAUGACAACCACAUGCCCGGUUCUGAACAAGGAACCACCAGAGCUCACCCCGCUAGGCCCGCUGGUGACAUGAAUAACAUAAUUGACGAAGGCUUCUCCCAACAAAACCAUAUAGAUCAUGCUGCCGCUAACUACAUUAGAAACAACGUACAGAUCGAUGACUUUUAUUAUGAUUACAACUUCAUUGGCUUUCACGAAGACUUGUCAGAUGUCUUUGGUGAAGGAGAAGGUCUCGAAACCGACCGUAACGAAGGACCUGCCGGUCCUGGGACUGUCAUGAGUGUCCACCUGGGAUCAAGCACCAAGCCGCCCACUUCAACCUCACGCAAGCCCACGGCCACCUCUGAGGACGCCAACUACAUCGUCACCACACCUCACAGCAUCGACAACAAGCGACCCAAGACUACUGCUGUUCGAGAUCUGGAAAAUACUGAGGACCACGACGGUGAGAAACGUGGAGAGGAUUCAGAAAACGAAGAGGAAAUCUUGUACGCGGAAGACCAUUUUCUGCCUGUGUCUGUCACGCCUCCGACACACAUUUCAAAUAUUAGGCUUACGGAGAAAUGGAAGGAAGAUCAUAGCAGCCCUGGAAGUGGCAGAGAGGCCCCGACAGAGGGAGGUCUCACCCCUGCUGAUACAUUGGGGUCUACAGCUAAAACAGGUGCAGCCAGCAAAGUGAACGCAGAAGUGGAAGGCAGUGAUGCUGAUGCAGACACUAGAAAUCAUUGGGAUUUUGCUAGUGAUGUUUCCAAGUUUGUCACUGAGGGAGAAAGGAAUGUUGCUGAUCAUUUUGACAGUGGGCCUCCGGAGUCCGAUCGGGGGUGGAGUGAUGCGGACAACUGGAAAGGAACAGAUCCUGGAGACCAGGAGGGCUGGGAAAGUAUCUCACCAUCACAGGAAGCUCCACCCUCUUCUCCUCCCACUGUGAUUCACUUUGAGACCAACCAGGAUAAUGUACUUUCCAGUAGGCCCGCUCCACUGAGCCAGGCUCCACCGAGCCAGACUCCACCUGCGACUACACCGAAUUACGAUGCUCGAAGCACAGACUCCACAGAAACACAUUCUCUGGGGAUUUUCACAGGCGAGGACGAAUCGGGUCAAUACUACCCAACAGAGUCUAUUGAGUAUGACGUCACUGAUUCACAGCACCCUGGGACUUCGCAGCCCAUCCCACGAGAUCUGCUCUAUGUGCCGACUGAUUUUUCUGACCUAGCCGCAGAAAGUGAAAGCAAGGAUCUGGAGGAUGCUUCAGAAUCCCCUGUAACUGAGGCGGCAUCCACUGUCCCCAAGGCUGGUGACAUUUUCAGUACCACAACGCCAGACACGACUAUCAUGACUGAACCGAGCGAUGCCACCCCUACGGAAUCUGAUACUCAGGCCCCAGCCACUGGGUCUGGGUGGGACUAUACUACAGCGAUUGGGCCCCCGGGGGGAGCCACAAGCCCACUUCCCCAUCAAUCCCAUGACGUCACCGGGCCCAAUUGGCUGACCCCAUCACUUUCGCCCCCACCGCAGGCAGACACCACAGCUUACUGGGCGGCAGGAAACUGGAGCACUUGCUCCACCACUUGUGGUCUCGGCGCCAUCUGGAGGUCCGUGUGGUGUAGCACAGGACGGAACUCCGACUGCCUCCCCUCCCUGCGUCCCGUCCCAGCCCGCCGCUGCUACAUUCGGCCCUGUUCCUCCUGGAGAGUCGGCGAAUGGAGCCGGUGCUCCAGGAACUGCAGCCAGGGAGUGAGGCAGCGGGAGGUGCAGUGCACCGACACGCGCGAUCGCAGGCCUCUGCGGCCCUUCCACUGCCAGGCCAUCGGACCCAGGCCACAUUCCCGCGAGGCCUGUAACCCCCACGACUGCAUGGAGUGGUUCACCACCUCUUGGGGUCAGUGCUCAGAGCUGUGCGGCGGGGGGGGCGAGCAGCAGCGCCUGGUCACCUGCCCGGAGCCUGGAAAAUGUGACGAGGCCGUUCAGCCCAACAUCAUCCAAGCGUGCAACAGCCAGCCAUGCGCUCAGUGGGUCACGGGCUCCUGGGGUCAGUGUUCAGCACCUUGCGGGGGUGGGGUGCAGCGGCGUCUUGUCAAGUGUGUCGACAUCCGGAAGGAACAGCGGCAGGGCAGUGUGGAGGAGGAGGAAGAGGAAGAGCCCCCACAAUGCGAGCACUCGGCCUGGCCAGAGGACACCCAGAAAUGCAACGUUGAGGAGUGCAGUGCCAUGCAGCACUCAACCGAGGAAGAGGUGUCCGGUCCGGCAGUUACAACACUUCUUACCCAGAGCUUGGCCAUUCAUCCCUUUGCCAUGUGGGUGGCAUUUUUGUACAUGGCACAGAUAUAUUCCUCAGGGAUAUCUAAAGUUUUAUCUAUCAGUUUGCUGCCCUAUGUAGUUCAGUACUUCUUCAAAGGUCUUCAUGGAAAGUUUAGCUGAUUGCGGUGAACUCUCCGGUAGGAUUUUAAACAGGCUUUUGCUUUGUUGGUUUGCAGGGGAUGGCCUUUCAUUUCAAACCAACGGCACAUUCAUUUCUAUUCAGUUCUCGCCUGUUAAAUGUCUGAUCUUCUGUAGUUGCACCUGGAGAUGGUGUUUUUUAUACGCUGUUUGGUAGUUGGAGACCCCCAAACUGCUGGUCUGCAUUACCGGUUUAAUCCAGGCAGUUACUGUAUUUGUUACUAUAUCUGUUAAUUCUGUAAACAUUUGUGAACUACUGAAGGAACAACUAAUGAAUAACACCAGUGAAAUACUGAUCUCAUGUUUGUUUAUCAUAAAUGAAUCAUAAUGCAUCUUUUCUCCCAAUUAGUUACUGUAUUUGUUACCACAUUUGUUAAUUUUGUAAAUCCUUGUGAAUUAUGAAUAACACAAGUGAAAUACUGAUCUCAUGCUUAUUCAUCAUUAAUGAAUCGUGACGCAUCUUUCAUCUCAGGUAGCGACUACAUCUGUUCAUGAUUUGUACUAAAGUAGUAACUCAGUUGUUAUUUUGUGAUGGAGGUGGGAGGGCCUCAUGGGAAAGAACGAGGCAGCAGGACGCUUGGGAAAACAUCAAGAACCCUACGGUGACGUGAAGGGUUAACGUGCCCAAUCCGGCACUGACCUUUAGCUCCUGAAACAUGAGCAUUCCUCUGCGGUUAUGAUGGAAAGUCACCUACGCAUAGCUAGUCCUGUUUCUAUCAAAUAUAAUAUGACAGAACACAUUUUGUACGGGGAAUUAAGACAUAGGAGUGCUCCCACCUUUGACUGCUGUUAGAUUUUUGUAGAUUAGCAGUAAUAGAGAAAUGCUCCACACAGUCAUACAGUGGUAGAUAUUAUAUUCACAUUAAUAGCCAGCAAAGGGUACAGGUCAGGUCAGCAGGGGGUUUACAGGGAGGUUACAGGGAUGGAUGCAGCAUUGCAUCAUGCUGCACAGACAUAAUGCAGCACGCAUGCAAAGGCCAGGCGUCCGUGGCUCAUUUGACAGAUUCUCGUGGAGGGAGCGCAUGAAUCUCUGCAUCACUGCAAAUGCGAUGGGGAGAAGCCAGGAAGCCGCGUGGAAGCGCCAAGUAGUAUGUGGUGGGAGCCGACGCUCAGCAUGCACUGCGGUAAGCUGCAGGCCUGGAUCAGUGUCUGCAUAUUGUGUCACUGUCCUGGGCCCAUAACAUUUGCAUUGAAAUAGACGGCAUUGCUGGCAUAGUGAACUAAAUGCUAAGAAUACACACAGAGGCGCCAUUGUACCCAUGCGGACUCUUGUGAUGCCAGGCUUUUCCAUCAGGAAGUAUCACGGGGGCAGGAGGCAUUCACAAGCCGUGCAAGACAGCCCUUUCGCAGGCACGGCAGGCGAAUGCCAUGUGGCGUUGGUCAUGACUUUCCCUCCGCUGCCCUGUCACACAUUUUCCAUAUGAAUAUACAGUAGGAAGUGGUUAUCAUGGAGAGGGACAGGCUGCUAUUUUAUGAGAAAGUGAAGACAAUACGUGUCUUAUCCGGCGGCCGUCGUGCUGCUGCUCCAAAGGGCCACAAAGGCAGGCAUUAAGAAGUAGCCGAGCAUCUCUCUCGUUUUGCCUGUAGCGAUAUGGCACCUUCAACAGCUAAUUGGUUCCACAAAGUGUCUUUAAUCCUUUCUGGGUCUGUUGUAGUUGAUAGCGGGAUUAUUUAUUUCCAUGUUGUUUUUCUCAUUCCUUAUCCCCUCUUUCGAUUCGUCUUCUCUCUGCAGGUAUGAGGCACAUAAUGAUUUCUGAUGUUCUGCACAGUCCCGGACUCCCCCGCCUUUACAGCAGCAAUGGAGCUGUGAAAAAUUAGCCCGCGGGUGAAUGGCGAGGCUGCUUGAACUGUUAGGAGAUGACAGGACUCUGGGGGCCUCUAGUGGCUGCAGUCAGUGGGGGGAAGCUCGCAGUUACGAGCACCACCUGUCAGGUCAGAUCGACUUCUCUGUAACCGGUUUUUCACUUGUGAAGCUGGGUUGCUUGUAGGCUAGAUUAUAUUUUGCUUCAAAGUCUUGUGUUAAUGUUGAGCUUUUUUUGUGGUUCUCCAGUGUUCUAUUGCACAACUUUCUGUAGAGGAAGAAAGAAGAGGAAUUCUCUAAAUAGUACCUAAUGAUCAUGUGUGAACUGGUUUUUGAUGCUCAGGUAAUGACCUAAUGAUCUGGGGCUUUUCUGACCCCCGAUGAUCCACUCUCUUCCGCUACAGCAGGCUUUGAUCUCGUCUGCUGUGAUGACAUGUGAGAACACUGCUAUGUUCUCAAGACCUUUGGCCUUGGAAUAUAUGCUUUGUAUACAAGCAUUGUGGUGGAAUAGUUGAUACACGUAUGUCAAGCACAUACAGCUUGCAUCUGCGUUUGUGAUCCGGUUGUCUUUGGAAAAAAUAGGUGGUUUGAAACGAUUUUGAGAGCAGAAUCUCAUCUUUAUAUCUUUUAAUUGUUGUACCUUGUGGGAGGGGGGGGGUCUGCUGAAAAUAGGGGCAAAACCACAGUGGGAUUCACCCCACAGCUGUGAACUUUGACCUGUCUCGUGUCAUCCGAUUCUGUGAUCUGCCUGUAUGGGAAAAGACUGGUUGCUUUGACAGUUCUGGGAACCCGCCAGACUGGCAAAGUGAACGAAUUUCAUGUUUGUUUCCAGUUGACUGUCAGCCAUUCACAGCAAGUCAGGCUGUGAGGCUCCAGUUCAAGUGAACUGAAAAAAGUUACUAGCAGAAUGGAAAUUCAGGUUUUUUUUUAUCACGGAACUGGAGCUUCAGGCUUUGUUUAUUAUGCGACUAAACUUGUCUACCAGAGGGGAAAAGUUAGGGACAAGUCUGCAGUGACAGACGUCAUAUCUCCUGCAGAAUGUAUUUUUAUUGUAUCACAGGACAUUUUUCUUUCAUCUCAAAAAUGUGUUACAACCAUAGACUUGCUAGGUGAAUAUGGCAGCAUUAACAAAUAGAAGGUUUAAAGGAAAUUACAGGGAAUGCUUGUAUUUCAAAAGCAUCUUAUGAGUAUUCUUGUGCUGCAGUUUGAAUUUAAUAAUAUUGCAUGAAGUCACAAAGCAAGUAUGUUAUUUAUCGAUGCAGCACAUUUCAAAAUAAUUCUUGUGAAAAUUAUGAAGUACAUUUGGAUGUUCAAAUGUAGUACUGAGUAUACAGAAAGAGGCAUAACACAUUUAAUUAUGAAAAUCAGCUGUAAGGUGUGUAUAAGUAGCGUCUGUACGUCCAAAACAAACUGUGAAUAAAGAGCCAGCUCUCAAAGCUGCAGGAGCUCAUCAUCUAAGUUUCAGAGCAGACGGUUUUAUAAACGCCUCGGUUCAGCUGGCUCACUCAUCCCAAGGGUCCCAGUGAGACUCCCUCAUUCCACCCUCUAAUCUCUGUCCUGUGCAUCCGUUCUCCAGCAGAAGAUCCAGGUUUUUCUUAGAGGGCUGAGUCGCAGUCCUGCGCGUCAGACCAGGAUUAUCACAUUACCUUCCCCUUCCUGGUGUCCGUUACGGAAGCAUGGGGAUUUGUCUUCCAUGCCGGCAUUGUGGAAAACCCAUCAGGCCACUGGUAAGAUAAUAGCGUUGGAUGAUGGAGAAGCAGUGUGAGAGUGAGUUAGAGCGGCCGUGCGGGAUUCCGCGUGGCGUGACCUGGGCAGCUGUCAGCCAUGCACUGAAGACUUCAGCCACUUCACUUCCUGUGAAUUCUCCAGAUGGGAAAAACUCGCCCUCCUACAGGAAGUAGUGGGUUGACAAGUCUCCCCCCCCCCCCAAAUCCCUCUCCCCAGCAGGCCCAUGUGUCUCGUCGCCCCGCUCUGUCCGUGAUUGACGCACGGCACCUGGUGAUACCCGCACAGCAGAGGGUGCAGUGCAGAAUUAAAGUGCUCCCUUCCCACACCUGGAGUUCCUCCUCAGCGUGUUUGUCCUCUUCUUCAGGCUAUCAUAUGCAAAGCCACUUUGUCCAUUUCAGGUGGAAGAGAGAUCAAAGGGAUUUAUUAAUGAGUGAAGGGUUGGGGCUGAUGUUUAACUUUUCUUUUGGUGACUUGAAGUGAAAAUUGACAGUUGUUACGCGUUUACUUUUCAGUUGAGCCCUGGAAGAUUUUAUAUAAUUCGUUUUUUCUGCUCAUUUUUAUUCUCUCUAACUGUGUAUUUUAUUUAUUUAUUUUUCCUUGACUGCACGUAGAUGAACAUUUUUAAAUUACAGAAAUUUUGAUUGCCACCCUCUGGCCAUUAAAACAUGAUGACUUAUAGAGACGCAGAAAGCCAGCCCUCAUGCCAAUUUUCCAUUUGCAUUUUCAAAUAGAAGAUGAGUUUGUGCAAAAUUGGCUUAUCAUUGUGUAGAAAUUGUUGGAGCUCUUUGUCUUGUAGCCCUUGGAGUGUUCGGGUUCGGAAUGGGGGCCUGCAUGAGUGUGCUGGUUUUUCCAUGCUGGUUUCUCUGUGCUGGUUUCUUUGUGCUGGUUUCUCCGGGUCUCACGGCCCCUCUUGUAUCUCCACGGUCACUCUUUAAACAUGAUCAGAAUGGAUUCUGUUUGGUCCCGUUCUCAUGGUUUCACUGGUUGUGAAGAAUGUGCCCUGGGUGCACUGGUCCAUUUCUGUGCUGGACCAUAUGCUCUGUGAGAUGGUCUCUCUCACCUUUGCCAGACAGAUGUGCCACUUUAGACCUGCCCCACGGCCCAUUUUCUGCCAUCUCUUUGUGAGAAACCCUUUACUUUAC